CCGUGGAGCUUCUUGUUCGUGAACGUGAACGCGACGUACUUCGAUCCUGCCAACACAAACUACAAUCAAUCCCACUGCUCUCUGGAGAACAUUUCGCUGGGAGAGUUUGGGGUGUACGAG